AUGUGGAAAUUCUCCUCGUGGACACAACGAGCAAUCAAUAUCUCCUUCAUUAUCCUGCUUGUAUUCAACUCCGCAAUCCUGACCGUACUAUGGUACAAUCCAGCUACCAUAUUAGAGAACCAGAGAUUCAAUAAGCAACUCUUUCUCAAUUCGCAAAGCGCUACUCACGACCCCAAAUUGACACCACACACGUACAUGGGACCGAUUCGUCGCACCUUCUUCUCAGACCUACUCAAGGCCAACAACAUCCCAGUCAAAGAGGGCGAUGCGGAAAGUAGCUUGUUAAAGGAAGCAAAGCUCCCUUAUAAUGUUCAAUUCGUUUAUGUGAAGGAGAUUGGCCAUGAUCAUCUAACGCCAUUCGGAUUAAGCAUGGUGCAUCAGUUGCAUUGCUUGAGGAUGUUGAACGACACUUUACAUGAGUUGACAGGCGGGACCGGAAAAAGAGAUGGAGGCGGCAUUGGGGAACACGGGAGUCAUGCUCAACAUAGGGAUUUUGAACAUCUGGAGCAUUGCGUGGAUUACAUUGCUCAGGCACUUACCUGCGCCGGAGACGAUACUCUCGAACCCUCUCAUCUAUGGGAUGAUCCCUUGUCUGGCAAGACCUUCAGAGUGGUUGACGGGACUGGAACGGUUCAUCAGUGCAGGGAUACGAAGCAAAUGCAAAAAGCCAUAUCAAACAGCUACAAGAAGCCGAUUCCUUUACUAUGGGAGUGGGAAGAGGGAGCCACUUUGAGGAGUGUGCUUGGUGAUUAUUAG